AUGUCACCGCUCCUUGACGCACCCUCGACCCCAGACAGCUACUCGUAUUCAGACGGUUCCUACCAGCCUGUGCAAACUGCGUACACUAUGAGCAACAACUCUGCUAGCCGAAGGCUUGUUGCUGGAAUUUAUGUUCCCACUAUAGCUUUCUUCGACCCGGCGUCAGAUGACGUAGAUCUUGAGACCGUCGCAAGCCAUGCUGUGCGGCUCGCACGAGCUGGCGUUGCCGGCAUUACCACGCAAGGUUCCAAUGGCGAGGCCGUCCAUCUGUCUCACAAGGAGCGCAAUCUCAUCACCGGCACCACGCGCAAAGCCCUCGACGACGCCGGUUUCCAUCAUAUACCUGUCAUUGUCGGUUGCGGUGUUCAAUCGACAAGAGAGUGUAUUGAGCUUUGUGAAGAAGCAGCCUCCGCUGGCGGAGAUUACGCUCUUGUUCUUCCCCCUGCCUACUACCAGGGACUGUUUUCCAAAGAUACUGUCAAAGAGUUCUUCAGGGAUGUUGCUUCUGCUUCUCCAAUUCCCAUCCUAAUUUACAACUACCCCGGCGCCGUCGCCGGUCUGGAUCUCAACUCAGACGUCAUUGUUGAGCUGGCUCAACAUCCCAACAUCGUCGGCUGCAAACUUACUUGCGGCAACACUGGCAAAUUAAACCGAGUCGCUGCUGCUACAGAUGCUGUGACCGUCUACAGCUCCGGCUCGGGCUUCAUGUGCAUGGGUGGCUCCGUCGACUUUACCCUGCAGACUUUGGUUGGAGGAGGGUCCGGCGUUAUCGGUGGAAUGGCCAACAUCGCGCCAAAGACUUGCGUGAAGCUGGUUGAAUUGUUCAAGGCUGGCAAGCUGGCGGAGGCUCAGAAGCUCCAGGCUAUCGUCGCCCGCGGAGACUGGGCGGCGAUUCAGGGAGGCAUCAUUGGCACGAAGGCAGGCCUUGUUGCCCACUUUGGAUACGGAGGCUAUGCUCGCAAGCCCCUUCCGAGGCCUUCCAAAGAGGAGACGAACAAGUGGCGCGAGGCUUUCGAUGAGCUUGUGAAGACUGAGAACUCCUUGUGA